CAUCUUUACAAUGCGUUCCAUACUGGUGAUUCUCUUGAUCUCCACCCUGGCUUUGGUGCAGGCCAGGAAUUUGAGUGGAUCAAGGGAGGACUACCUGGAGGACUACCAGGACUCAAGACGCACCACUCGAUAUGGACCACACUUGCACUCUUCUAUCUGGCCCUGUGAUGUGGCCGAUCAUCGGGAGGCAUAUCCUCUUCUCCACAAGGUAGAGAAGCAAUUGAAAAGGAUUGAAAGCUUGGAGAUUAGGAACCAGAUCCAGGAUCAUGUGGUGGACCAGUUAAGGCAGUGCAUCUCGGCAGGCAAGAUGGACCGGCAUUGUGUGGGACGAUCGAUUGGCCUUACUAUGGCUUUCAUUAACCACCAGUGGAGAAAUCAAAACUGACUUUUAAAAA